AUGGAGGCCAAACAAGUUACAAGGGUGUACGGAGAAGUCAGCUCUUUCUCCACACCGUUUUCUGCUGAUGUUCGAGAAGAACAAGAAGGAGACAUUCAUCUGAUCACAGUGACGGCAGGGUGGAGUCAGACAGAUUUGGUGAGAGCAUCCAAGCUUUCUUACUCUCAGCAAUGGACUCUAAUUUCAACCCCCCAAGACCACCACCAGUACAUUAGAACUGUCUUCCCACCAGGACCAUGUGUACCUCUGUCCGGAGAGUCAGUAUUACUAAGCAGACUCUCACCCUCUGGUAACCUGAGGGCUGUGGUUCGAGACAAAGGUGGUGUCCUGCUGCUGGAGAUUUGGAACCAUCAUGGCCUCAGCAAAUGCCUCAACCUGAGUGCCCUCAACAAACAUGGCAGCAUAUACGAUGAUGUUCAGUUUGGUGUUCUGUCAUGGUCGGCAUGUGAGAGCAAGCUUCUCUACAUAGCUGAAAAGAUCAAAAACACAAAUGAGGAGUCUGUAUUAGGGAAGAAUAGGAAUGUAUACUUUGAAGACUGGGGGGAGGCGCUGACUAACAAGAGCACUCCCGUCAUUUGUGUGGUCAAUCUUUACAAUGGCUCAGUGGAUGUGUUACAAGGUGUCCCUGCUGACAUCUCACCGGGACAGGCUUGCUGGGCUCCUGGAGGUCAAUCUGUGUUUUUCAUUGGUUGGUACCAUGAACCUUUCAGACUGGGACUUAAGUUCUGCUCCAAUCGCCGGUCAGCCUUGUUCCAGCUUCACAUGGCUGGUCAGUGUGAGUGCUUGACGGGUGACAACCUGUCUGUGUCCUGUCCGAGGCUAAGCCCAGACGGGUCCACACUGGUCUACUUGCAGGGCGAAGUUUUUGGGCCUCACAGUCAGUGCCUUAGUCUGCAACAGUUGGACCUGAACAAUAGGAAGUCUUCCACACUAUUGGGUGUCGUCAAUAGGCCACUGAGUGAUGGAUUCAGUGGUGUUUAUGAGGCCCUGCCAUCUAGCUGUUGGUCUGCAGAUGGACAGAGGGUUUUGUUCAGCAGUGCAUGUCAGAACCGCAAGGAUCUCUUUAUUGUGGACAGAGGGUCAAAGAAAGUGUUUUGCCUUUCUAGUGGCCUGUCAAAUGCUACCAAGAUUUACGGUAGCUGGAAGCUAUUGACCAUACAGAAGGACCUGAUGGUCGUGUGUUGCUCCAGCCCCAACACACCUCCAACAAUGCUGGUAGGUUUCCUCCCUCCUGCAGGUGAAGUGGAUGCUGUCACCUGGUGCCCCCUCCAGGAACCAAGCAUCACCUUUGACUUCCAGUGGACAAUUCUGGAUUUGGAAACGCCAAGAGAAGAGGACAACCCUGACUAUCCUGGAUUAAAGUUUGGAGCGGUCCUGGUGAAACCAAGUGGUUCUCUCAGAGUAUCUCUGACACCUCUUGUAGUCUUUAUCCAUGGAGGGCCACACUCCCAGUUUGCUGCAGAGUGGAACAGCACUACCGCUGGUCUUGUCUCUCUUGGCUUUGCUGUGCUCAUGGUGAACUACCGCGGUUCCACCGGCUUUGGCCAAGACAGCAUUCUGUCCCUCCUCGGUCACAUUGGAAGCCAGGAUGUUAAAGAUGUGCAGAGGGCCGUGCUGGCUGUGCUGCUAAGUGACUCGACUCUUGACCCCAAACGCGUGGCUGUGAUUGGGGGUUCUCAUGGUGGUUUUCUGUCCUGUCACCUGGUGGCUCAGUAUCCAGAGUUCUACAGGGCCUGUGCAGCCAGGAAUCCUGUUGUAAAUGCUGCCACCUUGCUGGGUACCAGUGACAUUGUGGACUGGCGUUACACUUGUGUGGGCUUAAAGUACUCAUACAACCAGAGACCAACUGCAGAAGCCUUGGCUGCCAUGUUGGAAAAGUCACCUAUCAUACAUGCUGCGAAGAUCAAGGCUCCAGUGCUUUUGAUGCUGGGAGGCAAAGACAGGCGGGUGUCUCCUUAUCAAGGUCUGGAGCUCUAUAAAGUUCUCAAGAGUCAAGCAUCACCAGUCAGGUUACUGUGGUUUGCAGAGGAUGGCCAUUCUCUCUCGAGAGUGGACACACAAGCACAGUGCUUUCUCAACAUAGUGCUGUGGCUUCAACAACAUCUCUAA